CGACCUUUAUAACCGUUCAACUUAGAUUCCUUGUAUGACGGAGUGCAAGUAAACAGCAUGUUGUCAUAUAACGUUCUCGGAGUUGCAAAAGAGUUCACAAAAGGUUUGGACUUGGUGACAGAUCGAAAGGUUUUUCAACAAACCACUAAUCUUGCUGCUAUCCAGUCGUCAUCAUAUACCUUGACAACUAACCCAUUGAAAGAGGUGGACAGUACUGUUCAUGAUGAAAUUAGUAAGAAUUAUUACACUGUGAGAACUAACUUACGAAACCAGCCUCUUAUUGAAAUAUCAUUGAUUGCUGGGUCUCCUCCACCAGAGCCUUCGUCGCAUAAAGAUACAAACUUACCCUCAUAUCAAGCUCCAGAGGAGGUGGUGCGUGAAAUACUAAUUUCUCCAAGUGAUUGCAUUCUUCCAAGAAUACUACCACAAACAGUGAACAACCAACAACAGACAAAUUCAAUACAAUUAGUGCUGCUUUGCACAGCAAAAUUCCUUUCCUUUCACCAACACAAAGUUUUGGCACUCAUCAAGUUCACUACACAUUCCUAUUUCUAGAUCUCCAGUGGCUGACUCAGGCAUUACUGAUCACCCGCCUGCUGCUGCCGUCACUUCCAUCACCCCCCACCACCUUUGUUACUACUACCAGUAGUGGUAAAGAAGAUGGAAAUGAUACUGACAACCAGGUUCGUUUAAAUAUGAAGCCUAUUAUAGAUACAUCAUCAUUUGUGGAACCAUUUGUUAAAAAGAAGAAAAAAACUUAAACGUCUUAGUUUGAUUCGUAUUCAUGAAAGUAAUGAGGAAGAGAAUGGUGACAAUUAUACAAAGAGAUCUUCAAAGAAGAUGAUUAAAAAUACAAAUUUUCAGAUGGUGAAAAUAAACCACCACAUAAUAGACGAGUUAUUGUAACAUGCUUUCAUCAACCCGGCCAGUAUGAUCUGUUCAAAGUUGGAAACAUCAUAAUCCGUCACUAGUUUAAUCGUGGAAAGAUGAGUAAAACUGCUGGAGGUACUACAUCAUAGUUGAAGUUGACAAGUUGUAUUACACUAUCAAAGUCUAACACAAAAUAUCAUACUGAUUAAAAUGACAAUAAUAAUGCUAAUCAGAGAUUAUUAAAAGUGAAGAGAUAAAAUUGCCAAAUGUUGAAGCAGCGGUGAGUUGUUUCAUACACUUCUAUAGCCCUC